AAAACAGAUAGAAGGUCCGGACGGUUCGACUUUCUCUGUCGCUGUGACUGAAAUAUCCGUGUUGGCGUCAGUAAAAUGGAAAGCUACACGGAAGCAGUCACAGACUUCGCUCAGCAGCAUGCGCUGGCUCUCAGCGCCGCGCUUGUUACAGCGGUGGGUUUGCUGGCCGUCAGGAGGUGGAUGGCCGGGCCGUCGUGUCGCAGCAAGGUCAGGCUGGAGGGGAAAACCGUGCUGAUCACCGGAGCCAACACUGGCAUUGGCAAGGAGACAGCCUUGGACAUGGCCAGGCGAGGGGCCCGGGUCAUCCUGGCGUGCCGGGACAUGACCCGGGCGCGAGUGGCUGCUGACGAGAUCCGACAGAGGUCCGGGAACGGGAACGUGGUGGUGAAGCAACUGGACCUGGCUUCACUGCAGUCUGUCCGAGAUCUGGCUCGGGACAUGGAGCGGAGCGAGGAGCGCUUGGACAUACUCAUCAACAACGCAGGCAUCAUGAUGUGUCCGAAGUGGCAGACGAAAGACGGAUUCGAGAUGCAGUUUGGCGUCAACCACCUGGGCCACUUCCUCCUCACCCACUGUCUCCUGGACUUGUUGAAAAAGUCGGCCCCGAGUCGCAUCGUCAUCGUGUCCAGCCUGGGCCAUGUCAAAGGUCAGAUUCACUAUGACGACAUCAACCUGGACAAAGACUACAACCCAGAGAAGAGCUACCGCCAGAGCAAGCUGGCCAACGUGCUGUUCGGCAGGGAGCUGGCCCGGAGGCUGGAAGGCACCAAUGUGACCGUCUACUCUCUCCAUCCUGGAGUCAUCCGCACCGAGUUGGGUCGCCACCUGUGGACAAGUCUGCCCGUGUGGAAGAGAGUCAUCGCCGCCGGCAUCAUGCAGCUGAUGAAGAACCCCUGGGAGGGAGCUCAGACCACCAUCUACUGUGCCGUGGACGAGAGCCUGGCCAACGAGAGCGGCCUCUACUACAGUGACUGCGCCAGGAAGCUCCCUGCACCACAAGGUCGCGACGACGAUGCGGCGAAGAGGCUGUGGGACCUCAGCGCCUCCAUGGUGGGUCUGGCCUGACCUCACAGAGAUAUGUGUCCGCACACCAACGCUUUGGCCUCCGCACUUUCCUGCUGCUCAGAACAGACGUUUGCACUGUGUCACCAGCGUCAGGCCGGUGGGUGAGCGCUCCCACAGGCCGACACCAUCUCCCUGGGUCGGAUCUCGGUCAGUGGAAGCGCUUGCUCACCAAUAAAGCACAAUUAUUAGACCAGUGUCAUCAGUUGAGCUUUAACAAUGAAGCAAAGUCUCUUUAUUUUAUUUCCUCAAAAAUCAUGAAAUCACAGACUCAGGGUCACACAAGGUCACUGAGAAGAAGUCAACAGUGAGUGACUGAAGCGAGGCUGGUGUCGCCAGGCUCCCCGCGAACCACAUUAAAGGAACAAUUUUAUUGUUCGGAGAAGAAUUCCGAGCAGCUAAAAACUCCCCGGAACAUUUUCAGACCUGCCUCCCGGACAGCUGCCUGCAGGGAAUUUUUCCUUUUAUGAACCAUUCACCUGUUUCUGCCUCAUGAAAAAAAAAAGCCUGCACAUUUUUGCCCCCAACAUUUUACUGACGGGGGAAGUAGUGAGGCUGCAGGAGUUGGAACCCGAACUGACUCCAGAAAGCCAAAAGAAAACGAGUCGAAAUGCACUCAUGAUGAUUUCAAUCGCAAUGGAGCAUUUGAAUAAAGCGCUGUCUAGUCCUUCAGAUUAAGACAUUUAGAUUGCGCCAAGCAGCGUUUGUUUCAAUCACUUCAAUCAAUUUUUGCUUGAAAUAAAGUCUGACUGAGUCAGGAGAAGAAAAAAAUUCAACUGAAAUCCAUCCUUCUCUCAUUCGCAAGUCGUGACGUGAUCUCUGGCAGGCAGAGUGGCGCCUAUAUGAAUUUCAUAG